AUGGGCGCUUCAGCUCGUUCUGCGGCUAUGCCUCCCAGGUCCAAAGCCCGCCGGACACACCUGCUAGGUAGCUGCAAGACGUGCAGACGGCGGCACGUAAGAUGCGACACAAAGCGCCCUGCCUGCGAGACAUGCGCAGCACUAGGCUUGGUCUGCGAAGGCUUCACUGACGAAAUCCGAUGGGUGCCACCUCGAAAGCGUUCACGCGCGGUGAUCAAGGACGGGCCUGUUGCUAGCUUUGGCAUCCGUCGUCAACUAUCCACCGAACAGGACCGACGGCUGAUGGGGGUGGCUCUUGGCAAGGGUCUCGUACGAGGCUCUGUUGAUGCGUCGUUGGAUGAGAUCGAUUUGCGGACGAAAGACCUCUGCUGCGAUAACGGGCAAGAGGCGAGGAUUGGCCCGUUCAGCGUUCUCAAUAUCUCUCCUGCCUCAACCAAGCUGCAAGAUACGCAGCUUAACCCAGAUCUGGGGGAGCCCAGUCUCAACAUCGCAUUCACACCCGCUAGAUCACAGCCCGUUCCAGAUGUCCCCGCGCCUUCUCUGGAUGAUCUGCUCCAGUGGGCUGACCUCCUCGAACUCGAUAAUGAUCUUCCUCCAUUUGAUCCCGAAUCCCUCUUUGAUUUUGCAGCCGCAUCUCCAUUUGACACGUCUCUAGGGGGUAGCUCAUCAACACCAUGUCCUACGUUCGACGGCUGUGAAGUUCUACCCCAGUCAUUAGACGAGGAAUUUCAUCAACGAGCUACAUUCAGUCGAUCAGAUUCGUGUCGGGACUUGUUGAAGCACGCAUCUGAGCUGUUGAAGAACUUCCAAAGCAGCGUUAUACCGCAGAUGACCAUUGUUCCGCUGAGCAAAAAGUCUCCCUGGGAGAUCAUCAACAUGUCUGCUGCGUUGCUUACGUUGGGAGAGCUAACAGUAACUGAGUGUGAGAAUGUCACUCAUGCCCGACAGGCACAUUUGUAUAUUAUUAUGGCAUGCUCUGCCAUUGACCUUGCCAUGAAGCCGUCGAUGGUCAGUGACGACUCAUUGUCGAACUACUGGAAACGACUUGCAGAUCGGGGCUACGAGGAAGCAAAAUACCAUAUGCGGAUAUCCCUGAGCGAAGAAACAGGUAGCCCACGGAAAGCCAAGCUCAAGGACCAGCUGAUGGCGCUUUAUGGAAUGACGGAGUUUGCAAUUUUCUCUGGUCAGGACCGAGACGCCAGACGAAGUCUUGUGGAUGCAGAGCGCCUCCUCCGUCUUCGUGGUCUGCCAAAGCGCCGAGUGUCGCGAAAACUGCGCCUUCUGCUUAACGUCUACACCUGGCUGCGGAUUGCAGGUGAAAGUACUUACGUGCUGCACGACUACAGUCUCUCCAACUCUCAUUACAACGCCUUCACCUCUUUCAACCACUCACAGCCACGGCGCUCAACAGCCCCCAUCCACAAUGAGCGCCCAAUGUCGCGAACCAUCCAAGGCAUCCGCCUAGACGACUUCCUCCACAUCGAAAACUCCGAAAACGACCUCAACAUCGACGAGCCAAAGUGCCGGCGCGCCGAUCUCACAGACCUCCAUUUACAGGAUUCCCGUCUUUCAACCGAAACUCUAGGCAAGCAAGUCUACGGCAUCCCCGAAACAUGGCUCAGCCUACUCUCGCAAACAACCCGGCUCGCAAACGUGAUGGAAGCAAUGCGCAGCGCUCAAAACGCAGAUAUCAUAAUGAACUGUAACACGCAUCAAGCGUUACAGGACCGGGCCUCGCGUCUUGAGACUGCCAUCCAUUCAUUUGGUGCUCGUGAAAUCAAACCAGACCCUCAUCCUACCAAACAUCACAACGCAAUGAAUUACAUACUCGUUCUUCGGGCCUUCAACUCCGCCCUCCUAAUCUUCUUCUACCGCCGUGUGCGCCAAGUCCACCCUGCAAUCUUACAAAACGAAGUCGAGCAUGUCAUCAUCGCACUCUCGGCGUUUCAUUCGGGUCCAAGUGAGAAAGACCCCUUGGGGCCGGGGACUUUGUGGCCUAUAUUUGUUGCCGGGUGUGAAGCGACAAUGUCAGCGCAGCGAGAAUCGAUUAUUCAAUUGCUGCAGAAGGCGAAGCUCAAAAGCGGUCUUGCGCCUUUCAAAAUCGCCGAAAAUAUGAUCUUCGAGGUAUGGAGGAGGCAGGAUGCACAAUUAGCUGCGAAUCGCCGAGAGCCGUUACCAACGUGGAUUGAUGUCUCGAAGGAACAGGGGAUUUGGCCUAUGUUUUGCUAG